GAGUACUGCAGUGGGGGAGGGUCAGAUGGUGUCCAACUCCCCGACGUUACUACUCACUCCUCUCAUCCGCUUCACUGACUCUCGCUUCUUCUUGUCAGCCAGAAGGUUUCUUUAGUAGAGAACGAAGCUUAGAAUCUCUGUCAGUACAGCGUUUUUGUUUCUACUGGUGACGACGUUCACCUGUUUGUCAGUAAAGCCAGGGCAAAUUAGCUUACUGUCACGGUUAUCCAGAUAUUGUCGUGUUUACAUUUUUACCUCGGCUGAAAACGUUACUUAUACAGACGUUUUCCUCAUUGUAGUUCUAUUGAAACUCUUAACAUGGACACUAUGAAGACGCAGGAGCAGUUGUAACAACGUUUAGGUGAGACACAGCCUCCUGACGCUGUGUCUACAAGUGGUAUCUGUUGUUGACUUCUCCUGCGGCAGGAUGGAGCAGGUGUCGUGUGUCCUCGGGCUGAUGUUACUGACUAUUGCGGCCACGGCAGGUGAAGCUCCGCCUACCCCCGUACAUCGCCACACGCUGCGCCAACCCACCCCAACACCAAGUAGCGGAUGUUGGGACGGAUGGACGGAGAACCCUGACACAGGUGAGUGUUACCUGCUGGUGAAGGAGUUGAUGGACGUUGAUGACGCCCACGCCUACUGUGCCUCCCUGGCCCAGAACGACAACACGCCGGAGAUUAUCUCUCUCUCCACCUCCCAGGAACACGUCUUCGUAUACGAGUGGGUGAAGGGGCAGGUGGUGGACGGCGACCGCCUGUGGCUGGGAAUGAAGAACAUGGCCGACAAUUACUGGCUGGACGGAACACCUGUUGGGUAUUUCAACUUCGCCCCCGGUGAACCAGACAGUUACCAAGACGGCAAUUACUGCAUCAUGAUGUCCAUGGCUUCGGGGCUCUGGGAGGACGCUAUUUGCCUAGUGGCCAGUGCUUUUAUCUGUGAGAUGAAAGGCACCAAUUAUGUGGGACCCAUAGUGCUCCCGCCCCCAGCUGGAUGCCCCUCUGGCUGGCAGUACAGAGAUGGAUACUGCUACUACCUAUCCAACACCUACCUCAACCACGACGACGCGACUAAAUGGUGUGCAGCUAACUUGGCUACCCACCUGACCUCCAUCAGUAAUGACGAUGAGAACAACUUUAUCCUAGAAGAGGCGUUAAAGGGUGGAAGGGAGGUGUGGCUGGGUCUUCAGGUGGAUGAGGGUGGCGGCUGGUCCUGGGCGGAUCAUUCGACCCUCAACUUCACCAACUGGUAUGGCGGCCACCCAUCCUCGGCCGACUGCGUUAAGAUGGUGUCGAACAACACCGACGCAGAAGGCACAUGGGAAGGGGAGGACUGUCAGCAAAACCUUCGAUAUAUCUGCAAGAUGCUCCUCAAAACGUGCCCUCAGGACUGGACCUAUCACGAGAGGAAAUGUUACUACGCUAACCCGAAGAAGAUGAUAUGGUGGGAUUCUCACAACGCCUGCAAGGUCAACUCUAGUGACGCUGAUGCCACCUUGGUGAGCGUUCACAGUAUGGAGGAAAACACCUUUGUCGGCGAUAUGCUCGGCACCAUAAACUCAAACGUCACGGGGCCCUGGUUAGGUCUCUCCUUUGACACGGCGAUGGGAAAUUGGACGUGGGCUGAUAACACGGUUCUCGACUUCCUGAUGUGGGACACUAACAGUCCUUAUCCGGUGGAAGAUAAAUCCUGUGUUAAGAUGGUUAACGAUACGGCCAUCGACUACCAUCUGAGGUGGACCAAUUUGCCCUGUGAGACGCUCUCCCCUUCCAUAUGUCAGCUGUACCCGACACACUUGAUGGGCUGUGAGGACGGGUGGUUGGAGUCCUCUGGCUGGUGUUACUGGUAUUCGAGGACAGAGAGCACCAUGGCUAACUUCCUAGAUGCCAUGUGGGACUGUCAGGUGAGGGGCAGUGACCUGGUCUCCAUCAACACCCAAGAGGAGAACGACUUCGUGGGAUCCAUUAUCAACAAUUAUAACUACGCUGACGUGUGGGUAGGCCUGACUGACAAUCGCCAUGACGCCGAGAUGAUUUGGACGGAUGGAGCCCCUGUCACCUUCACUAACUGGAAGGCCCUCAACUAUGCAGACGUGAAGUACCACCCUAUGUGUGGGUACCACUACAAGUUUGGCACGAACAACGAAUGGGGGCUGGGCACGUGUGACCCCCGACAGUACUACGUUUGUAAGAAGCCGUUUACCGCCAUCCCCAUCACCCCUCCUGACACGGGCUGCCGCUACGGCGACGCAGCCUACAGUGGGUCGUGUUACACCUUCCCCACCUACACACACAGCUGGGACAACGCCAACCGCUUGUGCAAGACCAUGAACGCUACUCUGGCCGUGGUGAACGACAGGGCAGAGGGAGCCUUCCUAUCCAUGUACCUGAGUGAGCUAGGAGCGACGUCAUGGCUUGGGCUGAGAGGAACUAGGAACAGUGACAACGCCACCACCUUCACCUGGAUCACCCAAGACCCCGUCACCUACACCCAGUGGGCGGUCGACCAGCCUAAUCCACAGUACGGGGCAGAGUGUGUGUCAGCUGCUGGAAAUGCGACGCCUGGUGGGAUGUGGACAGUCAGGUCUUGUACUCACCGUCCCCAAUUUGUGUGCGAAUAUAAACGCACAGGACACACCCCCACCCCAGCCCCGACAACACAGCCGCCUCAGGGUGGCUGUGGGUACAACUGGACUCUACAUAACAACCGCUGUUACAAGGUUUUCUCGGAAGACAGUUCGUGGGGAGACGCGGAGCUUGUGUGUGCCUCAUAUGGUGGUCACCUGGCGAGUGUGGCUGACGCCCAUGAAGAAGCAACCAUACUGGGCCUUCAAGACUUGGUGAAUCUUCCCCCUUUCGAGUCCAUCAUCUGGGUUGGCCUGUACUCUGACGGGCGUACAGGCUACGAGUGGAAUGAUAGGACGCCCUUCGCCUACGUUGACUGGGAGGCGGGCCAGCCAGACAGCUAUUACGGCAGAGAGAACUGUGGCUCCGCUAGCAGGAAAACCUUGAAGCUAAUGGACUCAGUGUGCAGUAGCCUGAUGCCCUUUGUAUGUGAGGCUCAGCCAGGUACUAUGGUCAGUACCCUCCCACCUCCGACGACGGUCCCGAGUGUGCCGUGUGAGGACGACCCCAGCUGGCUCUUGUACGACGACCACUGCUACAAGAUCGUCUCCGGGGCCGACCUGCACACCUGGGGGGACUCUCACCUGCAGUGUCGAAAGGACGGCGGGGAGCUCCUCUCCGUCCACACCUUAGAGGAGAACGCCUGGAUAGAGUCUAAAAUCUCCUCCAUGUCCUCCACGAGCUUCUGGACUGGUGGACAGGCACUGAUGGACUCUGGCUUUGGCUGGGUCGACGGGACACCUUUUGAUUUUGACAACUGGGCCAAAGGAGAACCUAACAACGAUAUGGGUGCGGAGGACUGUGUGGCCAUGUACAACCACCGUCAAGGGUACUGGGGCGACGAGAACUGUGGCAAGUUGAUGGGUCGUGUGUGUAAGCGUCCUCACGGGUCAACACUGGCCCCACAACACACCACACCUCAACCUUACGGCCGCUGUCGUAUGGGAUGGGUGGCGGACGGAAGCAAUUGUCUUAAGUUCUUUCCCGAGGAGAAAAGUUUCGAUGCCGCACGAGCCGCCUGUCAGCUGGAGGGAGAGGGAGCGGACCUGGCCAGUAUCCACACACCUGAGGAACAAGCGUACGUGACGGCGGCGGUUGGUGAGCUGGAGGCGAAUGUGUGGUUGGGACUCCGAGGGGCAGAUGAUCUCCACUGGGUCGACCAAACUCCUGUCACCUACACCAACUGGUACCCGGGCGAACCCAGCGGUCAGCCUGGCAAGAUGAGGUGUGUUGAAGCUUACGCCAUGAAUGGCCAAUGGAACGAUGACUUGUGUGACGGAUUCAAAGGUUAUGUGUGUAAGAUAAAGAAAGACGAUUCAGACUCAGACACCGUCAAGCCGUGUUCACCUCCCUACCAGAAUUACAUGAACUACACCGGCGCCUGCUACCGUUCUGAACUCACCCGGAAAACCUGGCAUGACGCGGAGGCAGCGUGUGUGAGUGAGGGGAGUCACCUGGCCUCAGUGAAGCAAGUGAGGCAAGGAGCCAUGGUGUGGGUGCUCUCCUACAACCAGGGUGCCCGCGACCCCUGGAUAGGACUCAACAACAUCAACAACCACCACCAGUUCACGUGGAGUGACGGCUGGCCCACCACCUACACCAACUGGGCUCGUGGCCAACCCAACGCCAGCCUCGCCGACCACAACUGCGUCAGGCUGGACUCAUCUAACGGCCUCUGGUACAGCGAGAAUUGUGACCAAGUCAGACCCUUCAUCUGUAUACACGAGGAAGGGCCGCCACCCACACCUGAGCCGCCCGUCAAUGGUCACUGCCCGACUCACGACUGGCUGGACCUGGGAGGCGCCUACUGCUACCUGGCCGUCACAGACCAGGAGACCUGGGUGGACGCAAGUGUCAACUGCUCCGACCAACAGGGAGGCCUGGUGUCCAUCCACUCACAGGCGGAGGCGUCGCUUCUUUCCACAGUAACCAGCAACAUCAAGGACUCAUUUUGGACUGGUCUAGUGUUGUCCACCAGCGGAUACGUAUGGACUGACGGCACGGGACUCGACUACAUCAACUGGGAUGACGGCCAACCUGGUAAUGACUCCCAGAACUGUGUGGAGAUGCUCACCAGAAAAGGGACCUGGGUAGAUGUUGACUGUACCACCACCCGCGCCUUCGUUUGCAAGACUGAGAAGAUACCCGACGUCCACCCAACACCGCCACCCACCAGUCAGCCAGGACUUAGUACUGGCGGGGUGGUGGGCAUCGUGCUGGCGGUUGUGGUGGUGGUGGCUGGGUUCGCCUUCCUCGGCUUCUACGCCUACACCAGACGAACAAGGUACUCCUCGUCACACUCUCAACUUCACAACGUCGAUGGUAGCACCAAUGACAGCUCCUUCUCGUAGACGACACAGACGGCUUCAGCGGCUCCAAUAUUUCACUUUUACGUCCAGAUAAACUACAAAGUGUCAUACAACAAUUACACGCGUGAUAGACCUUGUCAGUGGACGUCACCUUCGCUACAGUGGGUGUCGAGGGAGGGAAGCACAGCUGGGUGAGGGACAACACUUCUCACUCACUUCAAGGACUCAGGCGUCGUCUGGUGUUGUUCAUCGUUAAGCUCUUAUCUCGUGUCUUAGUUAUUAGUGUUAUAGGGCCACCUGAAGUUUAGUCCCCUUGCUUAUUUCACCUCAAGAUUACCUACCCUAACACUAACCUACCCUAACCUAACCUACCCUAACCUAAUCUAA